UCUUCCUUGAGCAGGUAAAGUAGGAGAGAGCUGCUCCUAGGAGCAAAGGAGGAACUCUGAACAUGUUCCUGUGUAUUUAUUCUUAGCCUUGAGAGCAGGGUGUUGUGUCUCUGCCUUUGGUCAACUUGAUCCUCUGCARCUCAGGAAGAUGAAGAGGCACUGUUUGGUGGUCGGAGUCUUAACCGUGGUCCUGCUGGGACUCAUCUUGUUCCUGGGACUCUACUUUGGGCUGCGCCAUGACCCAUGGGACAGACACAUCUACAAGAGAGCAGCUGUGGCUGCAGAUGCAGGGCAGUGCUCGAUAAUUGGAAGGGACAUCCUUCAGCAAGGAGGAUCAGCAGUGGAUGCAGCAAUUGCAGCUCUGCUCUGUGUAGGACUCAUGAAUGCUCACAGCAUGGGCAUUGGAGGGGGCCUCUUCCUUACUAUCUACAGCAGCACAGGGAAAGUGGAAAUCAUUAAUGCCAGAGAGGUGGCUCCAAAAAAGGCAACGCUAGACAUGUUUGGGAACAACACUGAGAUCUCUCUGAAAGGAGGUCUGUCCAUUGCAGUUCCAGGAGAAAUCCGCGGCUAUGAAUUGGCUCACAAACGUCACGGCAAAUUAGCAUGGAAAGACCUGUUUCUGCCCAGCAUCAAGUUGGCAAGAGAAGGAUUCCCAAUCGGGAAAGGCCUUGGAGCAGCCAUUAAAUCAAAACAGCAAUCAAUUGAAAGCAAUCCCUCACUGUGUGAAGUAUUCUGCAGAGGAGGAAAAAUUCUACAUGAGGGUGAUAUUGUCAAGAUGCCUAAACUAGCCAACACCUAUGAGACUAUAGCCAACGAGGGAGCAGAUGCCUUUUACACAGGAAACCUGGCAAAACAGAUCAUCGCUGACAUCCAGAGUGCAGGAGGCAUCCUCACAAUGGAGGACCUGCGGGAUUAUAAUGCAACAGUGAUUGAAAACCCUAUAAAGGUCGGCCUUGGGGAGUUUACCCUCUACACACCUAGCUCCCCACUGAGUGGUCCAGUGCUAGCGCUUGUCUUCAACAUACUGAAAGGAUAUAAUUUCUCUGUUGACAGCAUCAAAACCCUGGAAGAGAAAGGCCUGACCUACCACCGCAUUGUGGAGGCCUUUCGCUUUGCCUAYGCCAAGAGGACUUUGCUUGGAGAUCCAAACUUCACCAACAUGGAAGAGGUGAUCCGAAACAUGACGUCRGAGUUCUACGCGGAUGGUGUCCGGAGGAAAAUCACAGACAUCUCCCACCCAAUCGACUACUACGAGCCGGUGUACUACGCUGGAGCUGAUGGUGGUACCUCCCACCUCUCCGUCGUGGCCGAAGACGGCAGCGCUGUGUCCGCCACCAGCACCAUCAACCAAUAUUUUGGCUCCCAGGUACGAUCCAACGUGAGUGGCAUCAUAUUUAAUGAUGAGAUGGAUGACUUCAGCUCUCCUAAUAUAAUCAAUGGAUUUGGGGUGCCUCCUUCUCCAGCAAACUUCAUAGCACCAGGUAAACAGCCCUUGUCCUCCAUGUGCCCCUCCAUCUUGGUGGAUAAAACAAAUCAGGUCAAGAUGGUGGUUGGUGCAUCUGGAGGAACGAAAAUAACCACGGCCACGGCACUGGCAAUCAUCAAUUCCCUGUGGUUUGGCUAUGAUGUUAAGAAGUCGGUGGAAGAGCCCAGGUUUCACAAUCAGCUCUUUCCCAGUGUCACGGAGCUGGAGCAGGAGAUCCAGGAGGGUAUAGAAGAAGAACUAAAGAGGAGGAGACACAACACGACGUGGACAACGAGCAGCGCGAUUGUGCAGGCUGUUCUCAGGACAGCUGACGGGUGGGCUGCAGCCUCCGAUUCCCGGAAAGGUGGCUUCCCUGCAGGCUACUGACCUAGCUCGGCUCCUUUCUUCAGCGAUCCGGCGACACCGACACGCGUUGGGGGGAAGAUCCUUCAGGACUGCAACUCAGGGACUCCUCGCAGGAAGGAGAACACAUUUAGCUGUGAUUCCAUUGAUGGAGCUGAGACCGAUGUUCUCAACAGCCAUUACCGAAGUGCCUCGUGGCAGAGCACUGUGCUAAGACAGGCACGUCUCCAAGGACGUGCAGUGCCUACUUGAAGAGUCUGUUCUGCCUUCGUUUCCUGCCUCAUCCCUAUUCCGUGUAAGCAAACCUGGUACCCAGUGUUUCUGAAGAAGGUCCAACUCGCCCAGUUUGAAGGAAGUCCUUCCCUCGCACAGCUUCAGCUGCCAAGAAUAUCCUCAUCGUUGCUAGAGAAGAGUUGAGUAGAUGAGUUAGAGGGCUCUGGGGAGUGGGUCUUCUAACUUACAAAUAGGUCUGUGCUACAUCAGGAACUCCAAUGCUACACUGGGAUAAACCUUCACAAACUCACUGCUCUCYUAACAAAAAUUUUUCUGCUUUUCACUUCAAAAGUUGAUUAUUGCUGAUGAGUGUAGAACUGGAAAAGUGGCUUCAGCUUUUUUUUUUAAACAUAUCUAUAUUUCUGUUGAGAAGGUCUAAAGGGAAGACAGAUGCUACCUGUAAAACUCUGAGCACAACUAAAAUAAAUGCCUAUGUCAUCACAUGUUUUUCUUGCCUGCACAGYUGAUACUUCUAAAAAUGACCAGGAGUUUUCAUAAGAGACUCUCCUGAGAUUUCUCUCAUUUGUUCACUCCUUUCAUGAAGCUAUGAGGAAAAAAAGG